AUGUCCUUGGUGCAGGCCUUCUGCGCCCUUGCCAACGGCGGCCUCCUGGUGAUUGCUCCGUCCGAGAUAAGGCGUGACCCUGUCGAGUUGACCAGACUGGAAGAGUCAUUGCUUAGGGAGAACACGACUUGGCGCCAUGCCUGCAUGGGUGGCGAGCAGGUCUCUGAGCAGUUGAAGAGUGAACUACGUCGUCUCGGCUUGUCAGGUUUGAGAUUGACCAACUGCUAUGGGCCAACCGAGAUCACCGCUGCGGCUACUUUCCAGACCAUUGAGCUGGAAGAUAAGCAGGAGUUCAAUGAGGAAGCCGGGUUUGCUGUGGGCAAAGCUCUUCCAAACUACUCAGUGUACCGCACCGGUGAUCAAGGACGGCUGAUGGCUGAUGGAACUCUCCUGUGCCUUGGUCGUCCGGAGGGUGACACCCAGGUCAAACUGCGCGGUUUGCGCAUCGAGCUCCGGGAAGUUGAAUCAGCUCUUCUUCAAGCUGCGGACGGUAUUCUUUCUACCGUGGUAGUCUCCCAGCGGGGAGAUGUUUUAGUUGCGCAUGCCACUUUGUCUCCAGGCAAUGAUGAUGUUGGACAGGAAGAGUUGACCCAAGUUCUUAGUCGACUGAGGCUGCCGCAGUAUCUCAUCCCAGCUGCAAUUAUCAUCCUCCCUACGAUGUUAACUAACUCUAACGGAAAACUCGACCGCAAGGCCAUCGCUGGUCUUCCUCUUCCUGAGAGAAGUUCCGCGGGGGCUCAAGAGAAGACGACGAUCCGCCAAGGCGAGCUCCGGCUACUUUGGGAGCGAGUUCUCCCUGAGACAGGAACAACAAGUCGCAUUGGCCCAUCCUCUGACUUUUUCCUGCUCGGCGGCAACUCACUGUUGAUGAUGAAGCUCCAGGCCGCAAUCAGAGAGUCCAUCGGUGUGGCCGUCUCAACGCGAACUCUCUACCAGGCCAAUACGCUCCGGGAAAUGGCACGGCGCAUCGAUGAGCAACAAGAGGCGCAGGCCGACGACACUGAAAAGGAGAUUGACUGGUCGGCGGAGACUGCGAUGCCGAAACAAUUGCUGGCUCAAAUCCGAGACCUUGCUGCACCAGCGAAGAGCCUAAAGUCGGCCAAGUCAGAUGGGAUUGAGGUCUUGAUGACUGGUGCGACAAGCUUCCUAGGUGAGAAUCUCCUCCAAGCCCUGCUACAGUCACCGGUGGUGCGCAAAGUGCACUGCGUCGCAAUUAUGGCCGACGACCGUCACCGAGUGCCCGAGGAUGAAAAAGUCAAGUGCUACAAGGGAAGUCUGCUCUCGUCAACUUUGGGACUUAACACGGACGAGUGCGAGAGUCUGGAGCAAGCCGAGACACACCGACGAUGA